AGACCCACAGCGUGUCCCAAUAAACCGUCUGCAUCAUUGAGAAGCGCGAUAUUAAGGUCUAACUUCAUGGCGGAGCGGCCCGGAGUUGACCGGCCCACCCGGUUGGCCGAAAUUGUUCUGCGUGCCCGCCGCCGGCGCCUGGACCUUGUUUUGGGGUGACAUCCGAAGGGGUGCCUGUUUAAUUGGGACACUCUGUCGUAGGUAGUCUGUGAAAGCCAGAUGCUGUUAUUUCCAGCUCCGCUGAGCCAGCUGCAAGAUUGUCCCCAGCUCCUUCAGCCUGAGCAACCUUUCCAUUUUUUUUUUUUUCCCCUGCCAUCAUCCGGCUUGUUGUCAUUCCAUUUCUGGGAAAGUUGCUGGCAGAAGCUUCUCUGGAGUUCAGCAAACCGUGCUGGAGCACUUACAGCGUGUCAGGCGCAGGAGGGGGGUUUGUGCAAAGCCUGAAAAUGUCUCCUUUUUGCGCUCCAUCUCUAACUUCUAACUUUUUUCCACUGCAGCUUUGCUUUUAUUUCCCUCCGUCCCUGUUGGCUGACUUUGCUUUUAAGCCUUUGCCCCUCCUCCGUGUUGCAGUCUUGCUUAUGUGGAAGUUUUCUUCUGUUCCUGCGAAGAUGUGCGCUUCGGUCUGUCCUGCCUCUCUUCUUCUCUGGCGGUGGGGACGUUUUUAAGGUCACUCCUCCCUUCUGCUUGGUAGCUUUGUUUAGAGGGUGGUGGAAAGAGAGUUCAACGAGGUUUUUUGGUUGAUUUCGGCCUUUCAGGAAUCAGUCUGCGUACCAAAUGUAAACUAAACCACUGCUUAUUGAGGUGAAAACUAUAAAUACUAUUGGAUUAUUGAGAACAGUUUCAGUCAGUCCUGGUGACAGGAGUUUGCUAACCAUAUAACAUCUCAGAACUGAAACAAAACAACAUUAUUCCUGGAGCUCCUCUUUUAAGGUAGAACUUUAGACUUCAUAGCACUGAAUUAAUCUGCACUGAAAGCUGUUUACCUGCAGUUGUUCACUUUUGUUGAAAGUGACCAUGUCUCAAGUUCAAGUGCAAGUUCAGAACCCAUCUGCCGCUCUCUCAGGGAGCCAAAUACUGAACAAGAACCAGUCUCUUCUCUCACAGCCUUUGAUGAGUAUUCCUUCUACUACUAGCUCUCUGCCCUCUGAAAAUGCAGGUAGACCUAUUCAAAACUCUGCUUUACCCUCUGCAUCUAUUACAUCCACCAGUGCAGCUGCAGUUCCUUCUAACAUGGCACACCCCAAAGAGAAAACCCCAAUGUGUCUUGUGAAUGAGUUAGCCCGUUUCAACAAGAUUCAGCCUGAGUAUAAGCUUUUGCGUGAGCAAGGUCCAGCUCACUGUAAGGUGUUUACAGUACAGCUAACACUUGGAGAUCAGAACUGGGAAGCUGAAGGAACUAGUAUUAAAAAAGCCCAACACACAGCUGCUGCCAAAGCUUUGGAAGAAACAAAAUUUCCUAAACCCAUAGCCCGCCCUUUUCGUAGCGAAGGAAGGAAUCCAGAAAGCAUAACUCCUACCGUAGAGCUAAAUGCACUGUGCAUGAAACUUGGGAAAAAACCAAUGUAUAAACCCGUUGACCCUUACUCCCGGAUGCAGUCCACCUAUAACUACAACAUGAGAGGAGGUGCUUAUCCCCCAAGGUACUUUUACCCAUUUCCAGUACCACCUUUACUUUAUCAAGUUGAACUCUCUGUGGGAGGACAGCAGUUUAACGGGAAGGGGAAGACGAGACAGGCUGCGAAGCAUGAUGCUGCUGCGAAGGCCCUGCGGAUCCUGCAGAGUGAGCCACCUCCCGAGAGGCCGGAGGUGAAUGGAAGAGAAUCAGAAGAGGACAAUCUCAACAAAUCUGAAAUAAGUCAAGUGUUUGAGAUUGCACUUAAACGGAACUUGCCUGUGAAUUUCGAGUCUUUCCCUCUCGAACAGGUCGCCCGGGAGAGCGGCCCCCCCCACAUGAAGAGCUUUGUGACCAGGGUGUCCGUUGGGGAGUUUGUGGGGGAAGGUGAAGGGAAGAGCAAGAAGAUCUCAAAGAAGAAUGCUGCUAUAGCCGUGCUGGAGGAGCUGAGGAAGUUGCCCCCGCUGCCUGCAGUCGAGCGAGUCAAGCCCAGAAUGAAAAAGAAAACGAAGCCCAUCGUCAGGAGUAGCCCAGAAUACGGCCAGGGGAUGAACCCGAUUAGCAGACUGGCCCAGAUCCAGCAAGCAAAAAAGGACAAGGAGCCAGAGUACAUGCUCCUCACAGAGCGAGGCCUCCCACGCCGCCGGGAGUUUGUCAUGCAGGUGAAGGUGGGAAACCACACCGCAGAAGGAGCUGGCACCAAUAAGAAGGUGGCUAAACGCAAUGCAGCGGAGAACAUGCUGGAGAUCCUUGGUUUCAAAGUCCCACAGGCUCAGCCCGCCAAACCAGCCCUCAAGUCAGAGGAGAAGACACCAGUAAAGAAAUCAGGGGAUGGAAGAAAAGUAACAUUUUUUGAACCUGGCUCUGGGGAUGAAAAUGGGACUAGCAAUAAAGAGGAUGAGUUUAGGAUGCCUUAUCUUAGUCAUCAGCAGCUGCCUGCUGGAAUUCUUCCCAUGGUGCCCGAGGUCGCCCAGGCCGUAGGAGUCAGUCAAGGACAUCACACCAAAGAUUUUGCCAGGGUAGCUCCGAAUCCUGCCAAGGCCACGGUAACUGCCAUGAUAGCCCGUGAAUUGUUGUAUGGGGGCACCUCGCCCACAGCCGAGACCAUUUUAAAGAGUAACAUCUCUUCAGGCCACGUACCCCAUGGACCUCUCACAAGACCCUCUGAGCAGUUGGACUAUCUUUCCAGAGUUCAGGGGUUCCAGGUUGAAUACAAAGACUUUCCUAAGAACAACAAGAAUGAGUUUGUAUCUCUUAUAAAUUGCUCCCCUCAGCCCCCUCUGAUCAGCCACGGCAUCGGGAAGGACGUGGAGUCCUGCCAUGACAUGGCUGCGUUGAACAUUUUAAAGUUACUGUCUGAGUUGGACCAACAAAGCACAGAGAUGCCAAGGACAGGAAACGGACCAACGUCUGUGUGUGGGAGGUGCUGAACCUUUUUUGCCCAGGAACCAUUGUAAAGUCCCAACAUAUAUACUGAAAAUCCUGAAACUGCUUUGAGAAUUUGGAAUUUCUUGAUACCUCCAGUGGGCCGAGACGUGCUGGGUAAAGACCUGGAGACAGCAGUGGUGACGAAGGUGGGCGCGCAAGGAGGCGGCUGCGGCCACUUGUGCCGAGGUUUGUCCCCACACGGCAGCAGCUGCAGGAAGAGGCGGGCCCGCCACGCGGCCGAGGCUCGUCGGGAACACCAGCACGUGCACACCGCAGGUGCCUCGGGGCCUGGGCUUUGGGUUUUUCUGUCUGCGUGAAAACAGCACGGAUCUUUUUUCCAACUGGCUCAUCAAACGAUUUGGGACAAACCCUGGACACCCACGCUGGAGAGCCUUAGACCGGCCCGUGCUGACAGCACCAGAUAAUCAAAUGCUUCCUGCUCAGCGCAAGCCGACCUUCCUAGAGCGCCGCGGCCACCGCCUCCCGAGUACCCCACCAUCACCACUGCUUUCUCUUCCACCAGAUACGUAUUCUUAGUUUUAUGAUUUUCUUUUGAUUGAAAUGACACUAUACAAAUUUUCAUUUGAGAGUUUCUCAAUUGUAUCUAGUUACAUAGUUUAGAAACUUGUCUGAGACUGACUUUUUCAGUAAUCUAACGGGCAGAGGUCAUACCCGUGUGUCUGUGGUUAGAUGUUUUUAUUUCAUUGGACUAACCCAGGACCAUUUCAGUGAUGCAGUUGUGUGCCCCUGGUUUAGCUGAAAGAGUCCUGGACUUCUCAGAAACCUUGAUGAAGUCUCCCACUGUUGUAUAAAUUGGACAGUUUAGGAAUUUUAAAAUUUAAAUGAUCAGUUACUUUUCUAUUUCACUUUUUGUUAAAGCAACAGAACUUAAGUGAGCUUUGGUCUUUGUUUUGAAGUGACAGAAGUGAUGAUGUGCGUAUACACACGGCUCUCGAGGACACCGCUGUCACUGCACGGCGGGGCGUGAGCUCCAUGUAGUGCAUCUGAAACCAGAUCGGUUUUCCUUGAGCGCUUUUUAUACUGUUGAUUCCAUCCCCAAGCAGGACUGAAAAAAAUGACCAUGUUUCACUCAAAGCGUUGCUGUUCGACGUGCACAGCCGGCGCUGCGUCCUGUCCGGGUAGAGCACACGGUAGCCUUGCCAGCCACUUAAGUUCUGCUUCCAUUUUCAUUGUUUACCCUGGAAUUUUUUCUCCCCGUGGAAUGUAAGUAAAAAGAGUUUGUCACCAAAUAAAUGGUAAUACUAAUUUUUUUUUGUUAAUUUAUUCUCAAAUGCCACUACUGCUAGGUUGGUCCCCUCCCAACCUGCCCCCUCUUUUUUAUUUAAAGAGAGCAAAACAUGCUUAUGAUUCCACCCGGGUGAGAUUGAUUUGAAGUAACUUUAUAUGAAACCCUUGAUCAAUAAACAAUACUAAUGAAUUCUUGGUCCUGUUGAGCAGUAACUAAAGGAGGGAAGCUGGCAGGGCACAGAAGCAUGCCAUGGGGGGCACCGGGGCCAAGGGAGAUGCCUCUCGUCUGAACCUGAGUGUUCCCUGAGGGAGAGACGCUUCUCAACACUGCGAGUCUCUUCGCUCGGCUCAGGUGCUCUCGCACGUGGAGGAAAGGUGAGGUGUCGCGUCCUAGCCUGGCUGACGAGCAGGCUGGCGAUGCUGAUUUAGAGGAAGCUCAUGAAGGUGGUUCACAUAAAACCAGCCUGUGGCCUGGAGCAUCAGAAUAACCGAAAGGGACCAGAGGGUUACGGGAAAAUGCUAAGAGGCGGGCAGGAGUCCAGCAUCGCAGGGAAGAGCAGCAGUGCAAAGACAUUCCCUCUCCCAGCCCUAGGUUCAGCCGUGUCGCCAAGGCUGUCCGCGCCCCGUGAUGGAUAGGGAACCAGUCUGCGUGCUCGGUGCUCGGCACCUCUCAGCUGUUUGUAGGUUCCCUGACAGCUAGGGAGUGUGUGUGGUGUGUGUGUGUAACUCGUAAGUAUUUCCUUUAUACUCACAGCCCCUGCAUCCCCAGGCUCGCCCUAGAAGGCUUUCCUCAUUGUUUUCAGCACUUUCUACAAUGUUGAGACCAGAUCUCCUGGGCUCCCCAGCCCUCUCCUAAGCGUGUCCAGGGCUGUUUCCCUUCCUCCUGCCUCAGCUCAGCCGAGGUCCUCCGCGCUGGGGCGGGAAGAUGGGAAAGGCCCGACAAAAGCCUCAGAAAUAACUCACAGCUUCCAGGUGACUGACAGUUGGUCCUCGUGGACAGCACUUCGAAACUGGGAAAUCCCCUCUUUAUCAUGCAGGGUUUUAUUAUGAAGGUUUCCAAGUUUCUUUGCUAAGAGGUUUUUUGAAGUGAAUAGUUGUCUGACUUCUUUGGAAAGAUGCCCAGGUGGGGUGUCCUGGAGGCCUGUGUGCUCCUGCAGCCACUUCACUUCUGGGAAGGCCUGUAGCUGCCUUCUCCUGCAGACGGGCUCUCAGCCUGCAGUGCCCUGCUCCCUGUCUCGGGAGACUUGGGAGCGCUGCCCAGGAGCUGGGAGUCUGCACUAAGUUUUUAUCCCAACAGUUUAAGAGUUGUAAGAACUUUUGAGCCAAACCUACGUACUUCAGUCCUUGGGACAAUGUAUGUGGUCCCGGUUUCUAGACUGCUGGCUGACAGGGAAGCAGGUGGGAAGGCAGCUGAGGCAGGACUGAAACCAAGGUCUGUUUGUUUUAGCCCCCUGGCGCUUUGGGGAGGGGUGCCCAUGGUUGGGGGUGGAUGGGCUCCAUCGCCCCACAGCCAGUGAGGCAGCAGAAUGUCAUGACUGGUCAAGUUCUCUUACCACAAGCAGAUAUCUGAGUCAAGGUGAUUUCCCCAUAGCUGUGGCAUUGUCUCUAGAAGAGCUGACUGAACCAGUGGUGUGGAAAAAGCUGUCGCUUCAGAAUCUAGAAUUCUUCCACAGCUGAGCCAAUGUGUGGCUUUUCAGGGCAAAUGCCCAUUGACAGCUGCCUGGCCCCGAGAUCUGUUACAUCAUUGGCGGGCAGGGCGCGGCUGCCAGAGAUGAGCCACUGUCAUCUGUGACUUGAGGGCUUACCUGUCAGUGCGCCCUGGGAAACAUGCAGCUUGAAAUGUCCACAUCCAGAUGUGAUGGAUUGGUCAAGCAGUUCAAGUUGCCAGUGCGGCAGGAAGAAGUGAGCUGGUUUUCUUCCAUGGGCUUUUGAAGAAGUGGAUGUUUGUCUUCGGGG